AUGGAUAUCCCCCAUGCAAGUACACCUAUCGGAUACCCGCCCAUGCUAAGCCCAUCUCCCGUGGCCCCGGGCAAACUUCCUGGGGUGGCGAUGAGCAUGAUGCUGCAUAAUUUUAACAUUUUAAAUGGUAAAGUUGAACAAAUGAGCGUUGAACUCGGUACACGAUCAGGUGAACUGGACAUGCUGGACCAAGUAAUGUCAAAGUUUGAAAGUUUUGAGAAAACUCUUCGUGAAAUGAAAACUGAAAUUGAAAUUGUGAAGGAAACUGUCAGACGUCAGGGCGCUACACUCGAAAUGGAGGAAAACCAUCAUCACGAUAUUGAAAAUCGGGUACUGGAGCUUGAAAACCAAAACCAUACUAUUGAGCAGGAAAACAUUAACUUGAAAGAAGAUUUUCUGAAAUUACAGGCUCACUCAAUGAAAUACAAUUUAAUCUUCAACGGUAUCGAAGAUAAUGAAGGCGAGAACACCGAGGUGGAAAUUGCUAAUCGCCGCAGCGCGCUUCUACCUAAAAUGAGGGACUUACUCAAACGUAGUGGUGAACGGGUGAAACUUGUUUACGACACGCUGUACGUGAACGGUGUACCAUAUCGACCCCAGCACGAGCAAGAGUUAAAUGACAACGAUGAUGAGGAUGACGAUGAUGAAGAUGAUGAUGGUGAUGAUGCUGAUGAUGAUGAUAAUCUAAAUAGGGAAAUUACGCUUGAUGAAGUAAAUAAAAGUAUCAAGGAGCUCAAAAGUGACGAAUUUUGGGCCUGA